ACGCUGUAUCGUGCUAAUGUGUGGUGUUUCCGUGAAAUUAUAGGUUAUAGUGCAAAUUAACAGCUGAAAGCGUUAAAAAUUAUCCUUAAAAACCUACAAAACAGUGUUUAAAAGAUUGGAUAUGUCAUAAACGCGUCGAAUACGUGUAACCACUUAUGACCUCGAAAUGAAGAUUGUUAAUUUUCUACGAAGGAAUAUCAAAGGUUUCGUGAACAUAGUGCCCAAAGUAGAAACUUUUGUUGGUAAAAUAUAAAGUUGUGAUAUAUUUUUUUGUUUUUAAAGUUUAACAAGUAGUUUUAUGUUAAAACAUCUCUAGUUCAAUUGGCAAUUUGGAAACCUUUUCAAAAGAGACAUUUUUAUUGAGGAAAGUAUCCCAAGAGUGAAUUUAGUGUUGCAAUUAUGAAAAUUCCGGAGACAUCUGCCAACGUCGGUGCUUAUUACGGCAAUGAAGAAACUGGCCAGUGGCAGCCCAACGGUGUGAUCCUGGAUGGUGGGGUGGGCGGCGGUGUGGUCGGUAGUGGUGAUGCAGGCAUCCAUAGGCCCCCCGUCUAUCCUGUACACAUACCUAGAGGACCUAUGCCAGCUGGAUUUGUAAUGGCCGGGGCCUAUUAUCCACCAGCACCGUAUCCUCCAGUUCCAGCUCAACCUCAAGAUGACUUUGCUGAUUACAUGUGGAUGGAGAAUGAAGAAGAAUUUGAUAAACAGGUCAUGCAACAGCUGGAAGAGGAAGCCUUAAUGGAACAGUGCAUCGAAGCUAUGCUGGAAGAUGAGCAGAGGGAGAGACAGAAUCGGCCAGUAACGAACGGACACAAGCAUUAUCCUACGACAAGUAACAGUGGCCCUACGAUCUCCCUUGAAGAAGCCGUCUCGAGAUCAACCUUAAACCCCCUGGCUGCAGAAUUUGUACCGAGCCAAUCAAGGUUACCGACACACAGCAAACAGACUACAGUUACAGAAGAGAAGACAGAACAAUUACCAGUUCAAGUGCAAGAAUCAAGAGAUAGUCCAGAGAGCUGUACAGUCUCGUCUCCGGAUCCUGAACCAAUUGUGGAAAAGACUGAAGUUUCUCCGGAACCUCAAACUGAAGAGCCAGAGAAGACUCAGCCAGAACCAACGCCCAGUUCCGUGGAAGUUCCACAAGAGAAGGCGGAGAAGCGGCCGAAAGAGAUUAAAAAAGAAAUCAAACCCAAAUCUGAAGCAAAAAAACCCAUUAAAGUUGAUACGAAACCGAAAAUCGUGAAAACCGAAGUUAAAGUUCCCGUUAAAAAAAAGGAAGUGAAAAGUGUUAAAAGUGACUGUGAGAGUGGCAUUAGUGAUGGUGAUCGGACAGAGGAGGUAGUCGAGACGAGUAAGCCCCAAAACCAACCGACCGAAGAACUUCCCAGCUCGGGCUUCAAGCCGAUAAACUAUGCCGCAGCAGCGAAAGCUAACAAGCCCAAGAAACCGAGCGUGACCGCCACGCCUGCUGCCGCCGUCGCCACAAGCGGGACCACGGCAGAGAAGACCCCACCGACGAACCAGAAACCGAAGACAACCGAGAAAAAAGACAAGAAACUAGAUAAGGUCCCGUCGAAAAUUGAUAAACCAAUCGUACAAAGGAAAAAUUCUACCAAGUAAGAUUUUUAGUAGAAUCUUUCGAUAAACUGACACUGGCAACACUAAUGUGUUUAUGCACCGAAAAACUCUUUGGAAAUAGGUCGAGUGAAGUUAUUAAGUAACCGGGAAAGAAUUUGUGUAAUUACAUUAAAAAGGUGUUGCAUUGUUUGUAAAGUGUUUUGUAUUGUUCUUUUUUUUUUUUCUCGAGGUCGUUCCCUUAUUAGUAAAGUUAAGGAGAUACGGAAACUAUUUCAAUUAGUUCAAUGUACAAAAUGAUAUCUGUGGUGAUGCGAGAAAAAAUAUGUACAGUCAUAAUUUAAAUGUAUUUUUUUUUUCUUUUAGAUUUUAUGUGAUAACAAUAAUGUUGUAUAUUAAUUAUCGAUAAUAAUGAUUAAACGUAAUGCAUUUUUUUUUCGUUUAAAGUAGAAAAAAAAUAAAAAAUUUCAAAAAGUUGUAAAAAAAAAAAUUAAGAUAAAUUACAUUGCCUACUUGUAAAAUAGGAUCACCCUAUAAGCGUAUCGACGUUAGCUAGUAUUGUUUAUUUUCUUGUCUCAAAUAUGAUUUAUUUCAAACUUCAGGUUAGUGAAGUAAAUCUCGACCAAUGGUGACCAUAAUGUGGGAUGAUCUUGUAAUCGAUUAGCUUACAUGUGAAAACGUGAUGAUCCUAACGUAUAAGAUGUCUUCAUAGUAUUGAUCUAAAAAAUAUAGAUAUUCAUUUUUAGAUGUUUAUGCUUAUAAUUACGUAAUAAGUUGGCUUCAAAUUGCUCCCGGAAUAUGUAAAUAAUUAUAUUUUGUUUGGAAACUCUCCCAGACCGUGUAGUAAAUUUUGUAUAUUUUCCUCAAAAUUUAGUAAUGUUUCCACAAAUAUCUCUGGUUAGAUAGUUAUUGUAGAUCCAUUUAUUUUGGGACGUGUUUUUUCUGAUUGAACUACUGAGAUAUUAUUAGUACUGAAUUAUUGGUCUGCUCAGUCAAUUACAAUAAUAUAUUUGAAUGCACAUGUUUCUCUUAGUUAAAUUAUAAAUGUAACGUGUUCACGAGUGCUCGUUGGCAACCGAUCAGCAAUGUGUGUUUGGAAAUUUUAUAAAUUAUCACAAGCAAAAGCAAUUGUUCACGGUGUGUUUUAGUAAAAUUUACUUUACAAUUAACAUUCAAUUGAGAAAGAUAAUUUAAAUAAAUAAUUGAAAUAUAUAUAUAUAUAAAUAAAUGUAGUUAGUGCUGUGUUGAUAAAUAUAUAGUUUAUAUUAGAGAGUUUGGUCUCUUACAGAUAGAUAGAUAGAUAGAUAUUAAAUUAUUAGUCUUGAUAAAUCUAUAUUCUAUAGUGCUUGUUACAAAGACACAUACAAUGAAAAUUCUUUUUAAUUUUUUCUGAAAUCGUUGGGGUAUACAAAUUUAAAUUAAGUGUAAAUUAUGUAGUUACGAAUAAUAAUUAUAUAUGAUUUUUUUG